AUAUAAGAUUAAUCGUUUCUCCCGCUGUCAUAGAUCGAUAUAUACAAACUUCUCCAUCUCAUUCCCAAAACUAUUAACCGCCGCCACUCCCUCUCAAUUCGAUAAGGGAGUAGCUGGCGGUGGUGAUUAACAAGAGCAGGCCCGACGAUAUAUAUGAAGUCGGGCAUUAAUCCCGCGAUCAUCAUGUCUUUGCCUCUCUUACCACUAGCAUCCGUCCUCCUCCUCCUAUGCCUUAUUGUCUGCAUCCUACUCAAAGCUUUGUCCUCGUCGACUGCUGCUGCUGCUAAUAAUGAUAAGAAGCUGCCUCUGCCUCCGGGAUCCAUGGGAUGGCCCUAUAUCGGAGAGACCUUCCACCUCUACACCUCCAGAAACCCAAACAUCUUCUUCGCCCUCAAACAGAAAAGGUAUGGGUCUAUCUUCAAGACGCACAUACUGGGUUGCCCGUGCGUGAUGGUGGCGAGCCCGGAGGCUGCGAGGUUCGUGCUGGUGACGCACGCCCACCUCUUCAAACCCACGUAUCCAGCCAGCAAGGAGCGCAUGCUGGGUCCCCAGGCCAUCUUCUUCCAGCAGGGCCGCUACCAUGCACUCCUCCGUCGCCUCGUCCUCCGCGCUGUCAUGCCCGACGCCAUUCGGGACUCCGUCGCCGCCAUCGAGGCAGUCGCCACUCGCACCCUUGCCUCGUGGGAGGGCGGCCGCAUCGUCAACACGUUCCAAGAGAUGAAGACGUACGCAUUUAACGUGGCACUGCUCUCCAUCUUCGGAAAGGAAGAGAUUUGCUACAUAGAGGAGAUGAAACGGUGCUACUACGCUCUGGAGAAAGGAUAUAACUCCAUGCCCGUCAACCUGCCGGGAAGUCCCUUCAGCAAGGCAAUGAAGGCGAGGAAGCGGCUGGCUGAUAUCGUGGCCAACAUUAUCUCAUCCAGGAGGAGGAGGAGGAGUAGGACGCGGACGCAGGGGAUCGGAGCAGCAGAGCAUCUCGAGGGCAGCUGCGACUUGCUUGCUUCUUUCAUGGAGACCAACGAAGCACUCACUGAUGCCCAGAUCGUGGACAACAUCGUGGGGGUCAUCUUUGCUGCAAGGGACACCACCGCAAGUGUGCUCACCUGGAUCGUCAAGUUCCUCGCAGAGAAUCCGACCGUCCUCAAUGCUGUAACAGAGGAGCAAGAGGACAUCAUGAAGAGUAGAGGUGAAGCGAAAGAGGGGGAAAAGUGCCUAACAUGGGGCGAUACCAGGAGGAUGCCGAUGACCUCUAGGGUGAUUCAGGAGACAAUGAGAGUUGCUUCCAUCCUAUCUUUCACCUUCAGAGAAGCCGUCGAGGAUGUGGAGUUUGAAGGAUAUCUCAUACCAAAAGGAUGGAAGGUGAUGCCACUAUUCAGAAACAUCCAUCACAGCCCCGACAACUUUCCUGACCCGGAAAAGUUCGAUCCUUCCAGAUUCGAGGCUGCUCCCAAAGCCCAUACGUUCAUGCCGUUCGGGAAUGGGACGCACUCCUGCCCCGGAAACGAGUUGGCCAAGUUGGAGAUGCUGGUGCUGCUUCACCACCUCACCACCAAAUACACCUGCUCGAUAUUCGGAUCCGAUGCCGGAACACAGUUUGGACCUUUUGUUUUGCCGUUCAACGGGUUACCCAUGACAGUCUCUCGCAAGUGCUCUUGAACGAUUGAAGUCAGCCCACGUCAUAAUAUAUAAAUAUUAUUUACUAAUAAAUCUUUUAUCUUUGGAUUGUUACUGUUGUACCCAUCUCACUAAAUCUUAAAUAUUUAAUGGUCAAAAAGUCGUUGAGAAUAAAUAUUAUUUUUAAACUAUC